CUUUAUUCUGGAGUCAUUGGUGCUUUCCUAUCAAUGAAUGAAGAAGAGACAUGGAUUACUCCAAAUAUUUUUGCUGCUGCUAGGUGGCUUAGUCAACACAACUGUUAUAUCAAACCAUUAGUACAAUACAUAUCAUCACUCUCAGCAAACUCUCAACCCUUCCCCACUGCAUAUUAUAGUCCAGGUGAUGUAAGAGCUCCUCCAUUUCAACAAAGAGAUUUGGUUGUUGCAAAUA